AUGACGAAAAAGAACGGGCAAAAGGUGCGAGAUCAUUGCCACGUUACCGACGCGUAUCGCGGAGCGGCACACGCGGUUUGCAAUCUCAAGUUGCGGUUAACCGAGCGUACGCCCGUACCCGUGAUAUUCCACAAUCUGGCCGGGUACGACGGGCACUUGAUCAUACAGGCCCUCGGAGAGAUGCCGGGAAAGAUCGAUUGCAUCCCGAGCAAUACGGAAAAGUACAUUUCCUUUAGCCUAGGUAACCUGCGUUUUAUCGAUUCGAUGAAAUUUCUAAACGCCUCGUUGGCUCAACUGGUUAGCAAGCUGCCGAUCGACGAGUUUAAGCUCACCGAGACGUUUUUCGACGACGAGGACGACCUGAGGCUAGUCGCGAGAAAGGGCGUGUAUCCGUACGAAUACAUGGAUUCGUUUGACAAGUUUCGAGAGGAGGGCUUACCCGACAAGGAGCUAUUUUACAGCAGCCUGCGCAACGAGGGCGUGAGCGACGACGACUACGAGCACGCCGCUAGGGUUUACGAGCGAUUUAAAUGUAAAAACCUCGGCGAUUAUCACGACCUCUACCUCAAGACGGACGUUUUGCUGUUGGCCGACGUGUUCCAAAACUUUAGAGCUACGGCGUAUCGAGUGUACGGAUUGGAUCCGUGCAACUAUUUUACGCUGCCGGGUUUCAGCUGGGACGCGCUGCUCAGCAAGACCGGGGUGGAGCUCGAGCUGAUGACCGACUUGGACAUGCACAUGAUGUUCGAAAAGGGAAUCAGAGGCGGUAUCAGCAUGGUUUCCCAUCGAUACUACAAGUUUAACAACAAGUACAUGGACGACUACGACGAGACAAAACCCAGCACGUACGGGCUAGAUCUCGAUGCCAACAAUCUGUACGGGUGGGCCAUGAGUCAGCCGUUACCCGUAUCGGAUUUUAGGUGGAUCGAUCCGGACGAGUAUAAAAUGGUCCUCGAGGUACCGGUCGACGGUAGAAAGGGGUACGUUCUCGAGGUGGACCUGGAGGUGCCGGAAGAAACGCACGACCUGUUUGACGAUUACCCCCUGGCGCCCGAGACGCUCGCGCCCCGUCGCGAGUGGAUGAGUCCCUACCAGCACGACCUGCUGGGCGACGAUAAUCCAAGGGUGGAGAAACUCGUGCCGAACCUGAUGACCAAGACCAAGUACGUCGUGCACUAUAGAAACUUGCAGUUUUAUCUCGCAAAGGGACUCGUGCUGACCAAGGUUCAUCGCAUCGUCGAGUUUACGCAGAGACCGUGGAUGAAAGAGUACAUCGACAUGAAUACCGAGCUUAGAAAAGGGGCAAAAACCGACUUUGAAAAGGACUUUUUCAAGCUAAUGAACAAUUCCGUUUUCGGCAAGACUAUGGAAAAUGUUCGCAACAGGCAAACCGUUCAUCUGUGCAAAACUAGCGAAACUAGAAAAAUAACCAAGCUCUUUGCGAAACCAAACUUUAAUAGCUUCGUCGAUAUCAACGAUAAUCUCGUUGCCAUCCACAUGAACAAGACGCGGGUCAAGCUCAACAAACCCAUCUAUUGCGGUACGGCCGUCUUGGAUCUGAGCAAGCUUUUAAUGUACGAGUUUUGGUACGACAAGCUCGUACCCGCGUACGGCGAUCGCGUCAAGCUCUUGUACACAGACACCGAUAGCCUGUUUCUCAAGAUCACCACCGAGGACGUUUACGCCGACAUGCGAGAAAAUUUAGAUUGGUUCGACACGAGCAACUAUGAUAAGGACAGUCGUCUGUACAGCGAGAAAAAUAAAAAGGUUCUAGGAAAGAUGAAGGACGAAUUGGGCGGACGCGUCAUGACGGAAUUUGUUGGACUCAGACCGAAAAUGUAUUCAAUCAAGACGCAAGACCCGAGGCUGGAUGUCAAGCGGGCAAAGGGAGUCGCCAGAUACGUCGUAAGGGACCGUUUAAAUCACGACGAUUACGUGCGAGUGUUGACGAGUAGAGAGGAUAUGCAUUGCGACAUGAGUUCGAUUCGAAGCAGUAAGCAUGUGCUUUACACGAUCAAUCAGACUAAAAAGUCGCUAUCUCCGUUGGAUACUAAACGGUAUAUACUCGACGAUGGAAUAACUACCUACGCGUACGGGCAUAACAAGAUAGAGCAUACCCCCGACUAG